AUGACAUACGACGCAAUCGAACAGACCGUGGACGAGAGCCCCGGGAACACCGCCGCUUUCCUGCCCAACAAGCAGCACUGGAAGAGCUUUUACUUUUUCCUGUUCUGCGUGUCUUGUCAAUCGGUGAGGACUGUGCAAGCUGCGGCCACGAAGAUCGUCAAGGAAGAUGCGAAGCGGCCGCCGAGCACCGCCGCGGAGGCGACGAAGCAGGAACCGGGGCCGAGGCCGUCGCUUGUGCACAAUGCAGAACUGCGACGACGGAAGCAAGGCUCCUCCAAGAAAUCCAAAAAGAACGGGAGCUCCAGGAAUGGUGGGAUCAAGAAAGCGGCAUUUGAACCCCAUAUCAUUUCCACUGACCGGCUGGGUCGAUCUCUAUCGUCUGCUCAUUCUCGCAGAUGGGUUGACGUUGAUAGCCCUGAUUGGUGA